CAUGCAGAAUAAAUAGAAAGGCAAAGUCAGUACAGCUAAGUGAUCUCAUCACAACAUUCAGACGUUAAAUCAACUCAACCACUGUUUAGUUAUAUAUAAAUCAUCAUGUCUGGCCGAGGCAAAGGUAAAGCUAAGGGCACCAAGUCCAAGACUCGCUCAUCCCGUGCCGGACUUCAGUUCCCCGUCGGCCGUAUCCAUCGUCACCUCCGUAAGGGCAACUACGCUGAGAGAGUAGGCGCCGGUGCACCUGUAUACCUUGCUGCAGUCCUAGAGUAUCUAAGUGCUGAGAUAUUGGAGCUUGCCGGUAACGCUGCUCGUGACAACAAGAAAACGAGGAUAAUCCCGCGUCACCUACAGCUUGCCGUAAGAAACGACGAGGAGCUGAAUAGGUUAUUGCAUGGUGUUACCAUUGCGCAGGGCGGGGUCCUACCAAACAUCCAAGCAUCUCUUCUCCCGAAGAAGACCGAGAAAAAGAGCAAGUGAGCAGUCAGGACUCGGCUGCUGAAAAACAAACGGUUCUUUUAGGAACCACCA